AUGCCUGCUGAUAGUGGAUAUCCUGCUUACCUUGCUGCACGUUUAGCUUCUUUCUAUGAACAUGCUGGGAAAGUAAAAUGUCUUGGAGGUCCUGAAAGAACAGGUAGUGUAACAAUUGUUGGUGUUGUUUCUCCACCUGGAGGAGAUUUCUCAGAUCCUGUGACAUUUGCAACCCUCAGCAUAGUUCAGGUUUUCUGGGGUUUGGACAAAAAACUUGCACAAAGGAAGCACUUUCCUUCUGUGAAUUGGCUUAUAUCUUACUCAAAGUACUCAAUGGCACUCGAAUCCUUUUUUGAGCAAUUUGAUCCAGAUUUUAUAAACAUUAGGACAAGGGCUCGCGAAGUUCUGCAAAGAGAAGACGAUCUUAAUGAGAUUGUCCAGGUGUGUUCCUUUGCAGUUAAUCAUCUUGUUGUACAAUAA